GGUGGGGCGGAGCAUCUCUGUGACGCCUGGGUCUGGGCCUAAAUGGCGAAACCCGAGAGGCUCACGGCGGGGUUUGAACUGGCCAAUGGGCGAGCUGCCGACCGGGUGUCGGAAAAGUAGGCGGAAGCGGGGAGGAGCCGCCGCCGGAGCCGGACUACAUCCGCCGCGGCGUCUCCAUGGCACGACCCUGGCCUCCGACUUCAACGACUUCAUAAGGAGGCGUUUCUGGGCGCAGCCGUGUCGCUCCUGGUUUCCAUCGUGUGGGAAGAACGGAGUAACAAGUCUCACACAGAAAAAGGUCCUGAGGACACCUUGUGGCGCACCCAGUGUGACUGUGACGAUCAGCCUUUUUUGUGUUGUUCUCCCCGGCCUGCCAGAAGCGAACCAUGAAGGACCGCUCUUCAACUCCCCCCUUACAUGUUCACGUGGAUGAAAACACCCCCGUCCAUGUCCACAUAAAAAAACUCCCGAAACCAUCAGCGACCAGCAGCCAGAAAUCUCAUAAGCGCGGAAUGAAAGGGGACACCGUGAAUGUGCGGCGGAGUGUCCGGGUGAAAACCAAGGUACCUUGGAUGCCCCCUGGAAAGUCACCUGCCCGGCAUGUGGGAUGCAAGUGGGAGAAUCCACCUCAUUGCCUGGAGAUCACGCCACCAUCUUCGGAAAAGCUGGUCUCAGUAAUGCGUUUAAGUGACCUCUCUACAGAAGAUGAUGACUCGGGUCACUGUAAGAUGAACCAUUAUGAUAAGAAGAUUGACAGUCUCAUGAACGCAGUUGGUUGUCUCAAAUCUGAGGUCAAGAUGCAGAAGGGUGAGCGCCAGAUGGCCAAACGGUUCCUAGAGGAGCGAAAGGAGGAGCUGGAGGAGGUUGCCCACGAGCUGGCCGAGACCGAGCAUGAGAACACUGUCCUGAGGCACAACAUCGAACGCAUCAAGGAAGAGAAGGACUUUACCAUGCUUCAGAAGAAACACCUCCAGCAGGAGAAGGAGUGCCUCAUGUCCAAACUGGUCGAGGCUGAAAUGGAUGGGGCUGCUGCUGCCAAGCAAGUCAUGGUCUUGAAGGACACCAUCGGAAAGCUGAAGACGGAGAAACAAAUGACCUGCACGGACAUCAACACCCUGACGAGGCAGAAGGAACUUCUUCUGCAGAAGUUGAGCACAUUUGAGGAGACCAACCGCACUCUCCGAGACCUGCUGAGGGAACAGCACUGCAAAGAGGAUUCUGAAAGGCUGAUGGAGCAACAAGGAACAAUACUAAAACGGCUGGCGGAAGCAGACUCCGAGAAAGCGCGCCUGCUGUUACUGCUCCAGGACAAGGACAAGGAGUUGGAAGAGCUCCUCCAGGAAAUACAAUGUGAGAAGGCUCAAGCAAAGACAGCAUCUGAGCUCUCUAAGUCCAUGGAGUCCAUGCGUGGGCAUUUGCAGGCACAGCUUCGGUGCAAAGAGGCAGAGAACAGUCGCCUAUGCAUGCAGAUCAAGAACCUGGAGCGCAGUGGGAAUCAGCACAAGGCGGAAGUGGAGGCCAUCAUGGAGCAGCUGAAGGAACUGAAGCAAAAGGGAGACCGAGACAAAGAGUCCUUGAAGAAGGCCAUCCGAGCCCAGAAGGAACGCGCUGAGAAGAGCGAGGAGUAUGCUGAGCAGCUGCACGUGCAGCUUGCCGACAAGGAUCUUUAUGUUGCUGAAGCUUUAUCCACUCUGGAAUCGUGGAGGAGCCGCUACAACCAAGUUGUGAAAGACAAGGGGGACCUCGAGCUGGAAAUCAUUGUCCUGAAUGACCGAGUGACAGAUCUUGUAAACCAGCAGCAGACCUUGGAGGAGAAGAUGCGGGAAGACCGGGACAGCCUGGUGGAGAGACUUCACCGGCAGACGGCCGAGUAUUCUGCUUUCAAGCUAGAGAACGAGAGGCUGAAGGCUAGUUUUGUGCCGAUGGAGGACAAACUGAAUCAGGCACACCUCGAGGUCCAGCAGCUGAAGGCGUCAGUUAAGAACUACGAGGGGAUGAUUGACAACUACAAGAGCCAGGUCAUGAAGACCAGAUUGGAAGCAGAUGAAGUGGCUACCCAGCUGGAACGCUGUGACAAAGAGAACAAGAUCCUUAAAGAUGAGAUGAACAAAGAGAUUGAAGCGGCACGUAGGCAGUUCCAGUCCCAGCUGGCUGACCUGCAGCAGCUGCCUGACAUCCUGAAGAUCACAGAGGCUAAGCUGGCAGAGUGCCAAGACCAGCUGCAGGGCUAUGAGAGGAAGAACAUUGACCUUACAGCCAUCAUAUCAGACCUGCGUAGCCGGAUCGAACAUCAGGGGGACAAGCUGGAGAUGGCGAGAGAGAAACACCAGGCUUCCCAGAAGGAAAAUAAACAGCUGAGUCUGAAGGUGGAUGAACUGGAGAGGAAACUGGAGGCGACCAGUGCCCAGAAUAUCGAGUUCCUACAGGUGAUUGCCAAGAGGGAGGAGGCAAUCCACCAGUCCCAGCUGCGGCUGGAGGAGAAAACACGGGAAUGCGGGAGCCUGGCGAGGCAGUUGGAGAGCGCCAUUGAAGAUGCUAGGAGGCAGGUGGAACAAACCAAGGAGCAUGCAGUCUCCAAGGAGCGAGCAGCCCAGAACAAAAUCCUGGACCUGGAGACCCAGCUGAGCAGGACCAAAACUGAACUCAGCCAGCUGAGGCGCAGCCGUGACGAUGCUGACCGCCGCUACCAGAGCCGGCUGCAGGACAUGAGAGACCGCCUGGAGCAGUCGGAGAGCACCAACCGCAGCAUGCAGAACUACGUCCAGUUCCUUAAGUCAUCCUAUGCCAAUGUGUUUGGGGACAGUCCCUUCACUACCUACCUGACCAGCUCUCCCAUCCGCUCCAGAUCUCCUCCCACCUGAGGCCACCAGUCUUGGGCCAGACGCCCGGACUCAUGCCAUGGGAACUGAGGAGUUGAGUUGCCAAGCCAUACCUGGAAAGCCUGGUGGUUUUCCUCUCUCUCCAGUGAUGAAAUUUGUUCAGGAUCUUGUCCUUAGCUAGGCUCCAUGGAAGUCCCUAAAGCAGCAGGGGAUGGAGAAGCAGGAACCACUUAGUUCUCUCCUCUCUGAUAGUCGCCUGAUGGAAGUUUUUCAUUACUUUUCCAGGCCUUAAAUCUACUACUAUUAGGGUACCAGAUCUUAACUCACCAUGACUUUGCUCAUUUGUUUCCUGAGAGAAUGUUUGGACUGGAUUUUUUCCUCCAGUCCCCAUAAGCCCUCUUUUUAGGACUCCCUAGGGUUUUCUCGGACCUGAACCAGCAGGAGCUAUGAGCCAGAGGUCCUCACUGCCCCUCCUGGACUGUGAGCAUGUCCACUUGUUGUUUUCCUUAUUUCGUGGGUACAGUGUUUUCCCUAAGGCUCCCUUCCCAAGCCCAGUGGAGACCUCUCAUACCCAAGUUUCUUUGAGGCCACUUGCCUUACGCACUUCACAGUAGCCACUCGAGGGCUCAUGUCCAGUUGGCCUUUUAGAAAUAUAAUCCUGAGCUCAUUGAUUUUUUGUUUCUCUUUGCCAGGUUUUUUAUUUUUGUUUCUCUUUGCCAGGUUUGUAUCUAUGGAUAGAAAUGCACUUAUUCUUGAAAUAAUUUGUGUUGUUUUACAAAAAGCUUUUAUAAUCAAUAUUUAAGACUGCAUUGGUUGAUUUCCUUUACCCACCCCCGUCCCCUGUCUAAAAUGUUUUAGUUAAAUGCUGCAGGAGAGCCAGUAAACAUUUUUAUAAAGUACUUGGUGCAUGGA